ACUGUCAUGGCGGCCGCCGCUGCUGCCCGUGUGAGCAUGGGGCAUCUGACUUUGAGAAUUUCAAGAGUUGUCCCCGACUGUAGCGUUUGUCCUUUUAACAGACUGUGUAGGAAUGCCAUUACAGACAGGGCGACAGGGGGGACCCUAGAUCGUUUUCGUACGCCAAAUAGGAAUCUACAGACAUCCAUCACUCGUUACCACAUAGAAGAUCUAAAAAAUGCGGAGGAUCCAGCUGCUGAUGUAGUCAACGUUGUUUACGUAGACCGAUCUGGACAGAGGAUACCGGUGAAGGCAAAAGUCGGUGAUAACGCUCUCUACCUUGCACACAAGCACGGCAUUGAAUUGGAAGGAGCCUGUGAAGCGUCUUUAGCUUGCUCGACAUGUCAUGUGUAUGUAAAUGGGGACUACUGUGAUAAGCUACCCGACCCUGAUGAGAGGGAGGACGACAUGCUGGACAUGGCUCCCAUGCUGCAGGAGAACUCGCGCCUGGGCUGCCAGAUCAUCCUGACCAAGGAGCUGGACGGCAUGGAGCUCACGCUGCCCAAGGUCACCCGCAACUUCUAUGUUGACGGCCACGUUCCCAAGCCCCACUGAUUUGAGGCUGAACUUUGUUCGGGCAUGAAAGUUGAAAGGUCGAGGCAGAGGGAGGAAACAAGGCCAGGUUGUUUAGUGUGUUGGUCUGGGAUGGGAUGUGGAGCCACCUCAACGCAUUGCCGGUUUCUAGCUGCUGAACCCAAAGGAAAAUCAAGCCCCCGGAACACCUUGUUUGGUUCAAGACUCUUUACUUAAAAAUGUAUGUCAAGACAUGAUGUAUUGCAGUGAAAAGGUCAAGUUAUGAGUUUAUCACUUACCGUGUACAACUAACGCAAGACCAUACAAACCCCAACUAUUGUGCAAAACGAACUGUUAACGCAGACUACUGUUGUUCUUUGGCAGGAAGUCAGAAAAGAAACAGUCUCAGGCAUUUUGUGUUGUGAUACAAAGGAACAUUCCUUGCUAUGACUGGUGAAACGAUCCAAAAAGUCAGACGCACAAACGUUACAAGAGUCCUCAACAUUUGUCUUUAUCAUUGUAGACAGCAUAGCACACUACAGCCUCUGCUCUCAUUCAUAACCAUGCAAGUUGCCUCUUCACCCAUGUAUCCACUUGGGAGUAAUACUGUGAUGCAAGCCAGGGUUGUGCGUGUCCCAUUCCCACCCCUAACACCACCACGCAGCUUGUUAGUCAGAUAGUCUACACUACAGAUUAGCCAAGGUGAACUUUGAACAGAAGAAGCAUCUUGUCCAGUCUGUGUAGACGUCUGUGGCCAGUGUAUGACAGAAGACGCAUCCUGUGUAGUCAGUGCAUGUAACAGCUACUUGCGCCAUUUUAAUGUCAUCUGUAGUCACUUCAUUAUUAUUUAGCAGGAGCCACAUGUAAGCAGUAUUUCAGCUGUUGCUCAAUCCACAAUGUUUUUGUCUUUUCCUGUUUUUCAGUUGUACUGUAACUGUCAUAAGUGCGCACAAUGUAACCAUUACUUCUGUACAAGUAAUGCAAUUACAAAUAAAAUUAGGAUUUAAAUAAAAUUAUAUUAAACUUG